AAAAAGAGCUGAGCAGAGCUAGGGACUGCAUGGUGGCUCCAGGAACGGCUUCCUUAAUUCAAAGAUAACAAUGGUUGGGAAGGCCAGAUCUUCUAAUUUUACCUUAUCUGAAAAGCUUGAUUUGCUAAAACUCGUGAAGCCGUACGUUAAAAUUCUCGAGGAACAUACCAAUAAGCAUUCUGUAAUAGUGGAAAAAAACAAAUGCUGGGAUAUCAUAGCUGAUAACUACAAUGCCAUCGGAGCAGAUCGCCCUCCUCGCACUGCACAGGGCCUGCGCACGCUGUACAAGAGGCUCAAAGAAUAUGCCAAACAGGAGCUGUUGCAGCAAAAGGAGACUCACUCAGAUUGUAAAAGCAGCAUUUCCGAGCCAACCAAGAAAGUUGUGGAGAUGAUUCCACAGAUUUCCAAUGUGUGUUUAAGAGACAGGAGCGGUGUUCAAAGUGCUAGUAUCGAUAAAGAAACAAUUGCUGGUACCAGUUCACCACAGGCAAUGUUGGAUCACCAUCCUGCGACAGUCAUGAUGGACUUGCAAUCGGAAAAAAAAUUGAUUAUAGACCCACAGCAAAAUGAGAACUUAGAACAAGAGGAAGAACACCAGCUGGUGCAUAUUAUGGAAAGGUCUCCUUCAACAUCAGUGUCUUCAGUUGAUAUGAGAGUGAUGAUGUCUCCCUCCCCUGUACCAAGAAGAGAUGAGAUUUUUAGGCUCGAGGUUGGAGAACGCUUUAGACCAAUGUGUGGUUAUGACCCGCAGAUGUUACAAAUGCUGAAAGAAGAGCAUCAAAUAAUAUUAGAAAAUCAAAGAAAAAUUGGUCUUUAUGUCCAGGAAAAAAGGGAUGGUUUGAAAAGAAAGCAGCAACUGGAAGAAGAACUGUUGAGAACAAAAAUCAAAGUAGAGAAGCUGAAGGCAAUACGACUACGCCGUGAUCUGCCAGAAUACAGCAAUAUCUAAAUAUUUUAUUACUUCUGUCAAAUUCUUUGAGAUACUUAAUAAUAAAUGCAAAAUCGUUCCUUAUGUUAAUACGAAUGGAUCCAAAUCCGGGCUUGAGACAUGAAAGCAUAUUUUCCAUGUGGUUGUUUAUGUACCUUAGAAAAAUACCUCAUAUGGGUUUGAAUGCACCAACUCUUCUGGUC